ACAACAAGUCGUUCGGACGUAGAUACCGUCGAGCCAAUCGAGUUGCAACGAUUGCGUGUUGGACUUAAAGAACGAGCCUGGGGAGUCCUGGGGUACGACAGGAGCCCACGGCGAAAAUCAGUGACUUUGUGCUGCUUUGUGCCUGUUGUGCCAUCGACUAGCUCGGUGUGUGGUAUAUGUGAUUUCCCCUUGAACGAGAACUAUUUCCACAUUGUACAUUUCAAUUUGACCUAUCAAUAAUUGAAAAUAUUGACCGUUUUAAUGUGAAUGCGAGUCUGAUUUAACAACGUCCGUUGUUGCUUUCGAAAACGUCAUGCCGGUAACGCCCUAAGACCGCAAGAAUUAGUCAUUUCACGGAAUGUUGUAAUGUUUAACAAGAUUUAACGUAAGGAACAAAAAGAUCGGUUUCAGUAAAAACAUCGACGAGAAAAUGGACAGCAAAGGCAGAAAGAUCAUUGUUUGCGAUAAUGGAACAGGGUUUGUCAAAUGUGGAUAUGCAGGAGCUAAUUUUCCAGCACAUAUAUUUCCAUCAAUGGUUGGACGUCCUAUAAUUAGAGCAGUUAAUAAAAUAGGAGACAUCGAUGUGAAGCAAGAAUAUUGUAUUCGUGAUUUAAUGGUUGGAGAUGAGGCAAGCAAACUUCGGUCUAUGUUAGAAAUUAGUUAUCCAAUGCAAAAUGGAAUUGUUAGAAAUUGGGAGGACAUGUGUCAUGUUUGGGACUACACGUUCGGAAAAGAGAAAAUGAACAUCAAUCCUCGAGAAUGUAAGAUCUUGUUAACAGAACCACCAAUGAAUCCUAUCACAAACAGAGAGAAAAUGAUUGAGGUAAUGUUUGAAAAAUAUGGUUUCGCUGGAGCGUAUAUUGCAAUUCAAGCGGUACUCACAUUAUAUGCUCAAGGGUUGAUUAGCGGUGUCGUAGUAGAUUCCGGGGACGGAGUUACCCAUAUUUGUCCUGUUUUUGAGGAAUAUGCUUUAACUCAUCUUACUCGGCGGUUAGAUAUAGCUGGCAGAGAUAUCACAAUGUAUUUAAUAAAACUUCUUUUGUUACGUGGUUACGCAUUUAAUCAUUCGGCUGAUUUUGAGACAGUUAGAAUGUUGAAAGAAAAAUUAUGUUAUAUUGGAUAUAAUAUUGAAACUGAGGAAAAGCUAGCACUUGAGACAACAGUCUUAGUUGAGUCCUAUACUCUUCCCGAUGGAAGAGUAAUAAAAGUAGGUGGUGAAAGAUUUGCGGCACCUGAGGCAUUAUUCCAACCGUAUUUAAUAAAUGUUGAAGCUCAAGGAAUAGCUGAAUUAGUAUUUAGUACUAUUCAAGCGGCUGAUAUCGAUAUAAGGAGUGAAUUAUAUAAACAUAUUGUUUUAAGUGGUGGUAGCACAAUGUAUCCAGGUCUUCCAUCUAGACUUGAAAGAGAAAUCAAGCAGCUUUAUCUACAAAGAGUAUUAAAGAACGAUACCUCAAAGUUAAAUAAAUUUAAAAUAAAAAUUGAAGACUCUCCUAGGCGUAAAGAUAUGGUUUUUAUGGGUGGUGCUGUCUUAGCAGAGAUAACGAAGGAUCGUGACUCAGUGUGGAUAACGAAGGAAGAAUACGAAGAAAAAGGUCUUAGUGUAUUAAAAAAAUUAGGCUCCUAUGAAUAAUAUAGAAACUAGAAAUUGAAAUAU